UCAGAGCCAAAAUAUACCUGCUGAAUACAAACACCUUUUCAUUCCAUUGCUGGAGCUGCAGUCUUCUGGAGAACAACAGUUACACGAUGUUCGGGAAACAAUAUCCAUGGUAUAGCUUGAUGGUGCUUAUCAAAUUGUCCUUUUGUGGACCAGUACCCAUACGGCUGAUAAACGGACCUGGCAUCUGUGCUGGGAGAGUUGAAGUACUCUACAAUGAUAAAUGGGGAUCAGUGUGUGACGAUUUCUGGGACAGCCCUGAUGCACAGGUUGUGUGUAGUCAGCUGAAGUGUGGAGUUGCUUUGAUAGCUCUACCAAAUGCAGCUUUUGGACCAGCUAAUGAUACCAUUUGGUUGGAUGAUGUGAAAUGUCUUGGAACGGAGUCGGAUAUCACUAAAUGCCCCCAUAAUGGUUGGGGAAAACAUAACUGUAACCAUAACGAAGACGCCAGUGCUGUUUGCUCAGAAAAUUUGCCCAAACCGGUAAUCUCCAUAGUUUUUGUAAACCAUUCAUUUGAGCUGCAAUGUACUGUUCCAAAGUUGCAUCUGAAUCUAACCAUUUCCAUAGUGAAUACAAAAACCAACGCUACACUAACCAGAAUUUUGACUACUCGGAAGAAUUAUGUAACCCACAAGCCCAGUGAACCAGAGAAACAUGGAGUUGCUUUAUACGCUUGUCAAUAUGAAACAGGGGCGAACAAUGUGUCCUUUAUAUCACCUUUGAGUGACCCUUUAUGUGUAGCACAUUCAGACAAUGGAAGUCACGUGAUCAGUAUCUCAGAGAACGGAUUGUUGUGCACUAGUAGUGUAGUAGCAAGCAACUGGAGUACUACUACUACUACUACAACAACAACAACAACAACAACAACAACAUCUGGUCACAUUGAAGUUGGAACAGUCAUGGAGCAAAGCACAGUACUUCUUCCAAAUGCUACUGAGAUGAUAACAAUCUCCCAGAACCCUUUGCUGCAGACUAAUGGUACAGUACACAGUUUGCAAAAUCUCAUGACUACUCCUGGUCAAAUCGAACAUGGAAUAAGCAUUGAUCAAAGUACAGUGGCAAUAAUCUCGUCUAUCAUAGCGUUUGCAGUGAUUCUGCUGAUCCUGUUGGUUAUCUUUGUUACAUACAGAAGAAGACACAACAAUCUCUCAGAAGCUAACGUGGCCCAAGAGAAUCACUAUACUGACUGUGAUCAUUAUUGGACAAAAACUGGAAACCCGAAAAGAAAAGAAACCACGUUAAAGGCCGAGCUUUCCUUUCCUACCUACAUAAAUCAGCAAACUAUAUAUGAAACCAUUGACUUACCCAAUGACCGUGAACAUGAAAACAGAAUUUUCUCUGUGGACAACACAAACUUAUAUGAAAGUCUUAACGAAGCAACAAAAAGCAGAGAAAUAUAUGAAGUCCUUCAAUAAACCAAUGGCAUGGAAUUUUAGUACCGGUGCAAAUGCGCUCCAAUAAGCCAAGAUCUCUCUGAAA